CAUUGUUUUCAGCUUAGUCAUUCUGUACGCUGUUGCCAAUGUACACAGGCUGCUUCAUCUUGGCCUGAUUCAUUAAUUUUGCAGCCACCACCAGAUUCCUUUCCAUCCUGUUUUCCCUUUUGCAAAAGUUCCAACCUUGAGAGACAGCUGGGAAGAGCUGGCCCAAGCCUGUCACCCCUUCUUGGCAAGGGCAGGGAUAAUUGACAGAGGUGCAAGUGUCAAACUUGUGUUUCUGGGUGAGAGAUCCUGCUUGGGUACUGGAGAAGAGGCAUCAUCUUCCAAGUGAGUUGAGGAUGAAUAAAAAAACAUCCAGUAUGCUGCCGACAUUGCGACACCAGUGGGUCUCCCUAGCUAUUCUCUUCAGUAUUGUGACUCUUCCCUUCAAGCAAAGCUUGGCUCAGGACCAAGACACAGUUACCACAGCUAAAACUCAAGAACCCCAGGCACCCCCAUCAAUGUGCCAGUACAUGCUACGGGGCGAACCAGGCCAACCUGGGCCCCCAGGUUUACCAGGUAUUCAGGGACCUGCUGGUAUGCCAGGGAACCAUGGAAAUAAUGGUAACAAUGGGCUGACAGGCCCGCACGGACCAAAAGGGGACAUUGGACCACAAGGCCUGCCUGGCAUUCAGGGUUACCCAGGCCCCCCAGGACCUCAGGGUCCCUCUGGAAAGGCAGGUGUCUCCGGCCAGCCUGGCAGCUCUGGGAGUUCCGGAGCCCGGGGGCCACGUGGGCCACCGGGAGAAAGAGGCCCCAAAGGACAGAAAGGCGACAGUGCAUCGGUCGUCCAGUCCUCGAGACACAUGCUGCCCAGAACGGGUCGGAGAAAAAUUGCAUUCUCUGUUGCCUCGUCCAACACAAUGACAGCACCUGCCGAGGACUCCAUCGUUCAGUUUGACCACAUCUUCACACGGCAUGGGACUGAAUUUGACCCUGACACAGGCAAAUUCACUUGUCAGGUAAAUGGCACAUACUACUUCAUCAUCCAUGCCAACAAGUGGACAAACUCCCGCAAUCUGCACAUUAAGCUCAUGAAAAACGGCUCCCUGAUGACAGCUCUGUAUGAAGAUGCAGGCUACGAUUAUUACGAUGCAGCAACUAACAGCAUCCUUCUGGAUCUCAAGCAAGGGGAUAAGGUUUGGCUUCAGCUGCACAGCAACAGUGAGGUCUACAGUGGACUGACAAGAAUGACUACAUUUUCUGGUUGGCUUGUCUUUGAAGAUUAAACAAUGAAUAGGACAGUUCAUGGAGCAUGCACAAAACAAAGUCACAAUUGACAAACUCAAUGAAUGGUUAAAUCUUCGCAUGUUAAACCCUGAACAAAAUAUGUACGACAAGACUUUGCUCCUAAACAUAGAAUUACUUACAUGGGUUCUUGGCAAAGAGCAGUGUGACGUGUGAAUGUAGAACUUGAUUGUGAAUUCACAUCGUAAACUCGGUGAAACGUUUACAUGUUUUGACAGAGAUUCCCUUGAGAAAUUUACGAACACUUUACGUGGCAGUGCAGUGCACAUUUCCAUGAAAGUGAAAGCUGCAAAAACUGUCCGGUUACAAGCAAGUGCACCACAAACAAAGUUGUAUCUGCGACUCCAGGACACUACAUUUCAUGUUGGAGUUACAGAUAUAUGAAAUAACAACUCCUUAGCGUAGAGUUUAAACCUGCUCCUAUAAAAUAACUUCAAAACUGAAAGUGACUUUCAGCCCAUGAAAUGAGACUGAUCUUUUAUAAAACAAAACCCAACCGGCCAAACAAACACAGAAAAAGCCAAAACGAAAAAACAAAUGAAAACAGAGAAAAAUGCACAAGGUGUGUUUGUUAAUAUACUUUUACAUGUAAAUAUGUUAGUGCUUUCCGAAUUCAAUACUGGUGCUUUUUUUUUUGUAAUAACUGAAGAGUCAUUAUCAAGGUUCAAGCUCAAGUAGAAAGAUACAGCUUGCUUAAGUACACUUUUUGGUUGGAAAUAAUCCAUAGUUGGAGACAUGUGCAUACACAUACAGAGUCACUGAACAAUAUUGUGUGUUGUACCAUUAGAGGUGGAAUAUUUCUGUAUUUCAUACUGAUCUUCAAUUAGGUUGCAUUUUUGCUACAAUAAACUGCAGCUGUUUGUGCAUGGUA